AUGAUUGAACCUACAAAUAAAGAUUUGAUUAAGGAACAGGAAACUGUUGAACAAAUUCAGGAUGAAUUUAUUGAAGAUCAAUAUGACGCAAGAAAUAUAACACUCCAAUCUAUGAUUGAUGAAAUUGGAAGUAAUGAUAUAAAGGAAAUUUGGAAAGUUACAGAUCUGCGCAUUAUUUGUUGUUAUUAUUUUCAUGUAAUAAUGCAUUCAAGAAUAUCAGCUUUUCAUGUAUCAAUGAUACCUACUCGAUGGUAUAAAGAUUCAUAUCAAGAUAAUGUAACAUCAGUAGAAAGAGAUAAUAUAAUAGCAUUUGAUUAUAAAAAAAAAGCUACUUUGCUUGCAGUAGAUAAUGAAGAUAAUGAAAUAAUUCAGAUUCUAAAAGGCUAUAAUGAUAGAAAAAAGAGAGUAAAUGCCAAACGUUCUGUAGAUCAACAAACUACCAUGACUAAUCAGGAACAAGAAAGCAUAACCAAUCACUUUUCAUCUGAUGAUAUGAUCGAUGAUCAAGACACUUGUGAAUCAGAAGAUGAAUACAUAUCUGAAGAAUCAGUUACUUCUGUUUUGAAGCCUGCAUUAAGUUUUGCCAACAUCCAAAACUCUCCUAAGGUUGUUGGUAGAGGAAGACCAAAGAAACAAAGAUAUAUUAGUAGUGUUGAAAAGGAACAAAAACAUGGUGAAAGUUCAACUUGA